AUGACUACUGGAAAAACCAUAGCUUUGACUAGAUGGGCCUUCAUCAGCAAAGUAAUGUUUCUGCUUUUAAAUAUGCUGUCAAGGUUGCUCAUAGCUUUUCUUCCAAGGAGCAAGAGUCUUUUAAUUUCAUGGCUGCAGUCACCAUCUGUAGUGAUUUUGGAGCACCCCUCAAAUAAAGUCUGUCACUGUUUCCCAUGUUUCCCCAUCUAUUGCUAUGAAGUGAUGGGACCAGAUGCCAUGAUCUUAGUUAUUGGAAUGCUGACUUUUAAGCCAACUUUUUCACUCGCCUCUUUCACUUUUAUCAAGAGGCAUUUCAGUUCUUCUUUGCUUUCUGCCAUAAGGGUGGUGUCAUCUGCAUAUCUGAGGUUGUUGAUAUUUCUCCUGACUAUCUUGAUUGUAGCUUGUGCUUCAUCCAGCCUGGAAUUUCGCAUGAUGUACUCUGCAUAUAAUUUAAAUAAGCAGGAUGACAAUAUAUAG